AUGGCCGCCACAGAGAAAGUACCGGAAGUCCUGCCCCUUCGUGCCUCCGUGAAACGACUAAUUCUGUGUUCUCAUUGGUUUAUCCUCCGUAGCGUCUCGCGGAGCAUUCAGGGUCCCACUCUUAACACUGUCACACCGAUAUUAAGUUUCAACGUGAAUUUUGGAGUGGAUGCAAAUAUUGAAAUCCCAGCAGCGCCUAAGAAAAGACUGGGAAAACUGCACAAUGAAGAACUUGGUUGUGAGGAUUUUCCUGAGAACUUGGUUACGAGGAUUUUCUUCUUCACACAGACUGGAGUGGGAAUCUUAGGCAGUUCCUCACUUCUGUUUUAUUAUUCCUCCUCUAUAUUCACUGGAAAGAGUCUGAUUCUCAAAGACCUGAUUUUAAAGCACUUAACUUUAAGCAACUCCUUGGUGAUUGUCUCAAGAAGAAUUCCUCAGACAAUGGAAGACUUUGGGCUGAACCAUUUUCUGGAUGACACUGAAUGUAAACUUGUUCUCUAUCUUUAUUAAGUGUCUGGGAAGAUUUCCCUGUACACCACCUGCCUCCUGAGUUGCUUCCAAGUGCUCACAGUCAGCACCAGCAACAGCAGGUGGAUGAAGCUGAAACUUAGAGCCACCAAGUACAUUGGUCCCUGGUGUUCAUUCAGUUGGCUUAUGCACCUGCUUCUGAAUGUCAUGAUUCCCAUGACAGUGACUGGCCCUAGAAACAGCAAAAAUAUCAGCAGGACACUGAAAUUUUCCCAGUGCUCAGGGUAUAUUUCUAACACACUUGUAACUCCAUUAUAUGUGCUCUUGCUCAGCUUCAGCGAUGGUCAGGGUCUGGGUCUCUUGGCCUCCACAAGCACUUUUGAUACUCGGAUUUCUUCCUGGAAAGACAAUUUUGCUCAUUCUUCUGACACACAGUUCAUAGACAGUAGCUCAACAAACACAGACACUCAAAAGAGGGCAUAUGCCAUAGUCAAUGGAUCAACGGUAAUAGAAGCAGGCCCACUGUCACCUGGGACAUCCUCACAAAAUGCAGAACUCAUAGCCCUUACACAAGCACUCACAUUAGCCAAAGACAAAACCAAAAACAUCUACACAGACUCCAAGUACACUUUCAGUAUUCUCCACUUUCAUGCAGCCAUCUGGCAAGAAAGGGGACUCAUCCAUGCUCAGGGAACUCCCAUCACCAAUGCACCUCUCAUCCUCAAACUUCUAGAGGCAGCACAGUUCCCGAAACAGGUGGCAGUCAUUCAUUGCAGCGGACACCGUACUCCAUCAGAUCCCAUUGCUCAGAGUAAUGCUUUUGCUGAUACACAGGCCAAAUUAGCUGCUCCACAGCCAUAUCCUUCCCGCCAUCUUCCUGUCAGCCCCAAAGACAUGCCCUCACCCUGGUAUUCAUCAGAGCAGUUGCAGUUACUCCACAAACCUGACUAUCACCAAAACACUCAGGGAUGGAUCUUCCAAGGGCCAAAACUCCUUCUUCCAGACCAACAAGCACGAACAGUUAUCACUGACCUACACAACUUCCAUAACCAGAUUAACAGCCUUGCAGCAGUUACCCUGCAAAACUGCCACACUCUUGAUGUCCUGAUGAUAGCCAGAAAGGGGGGCGCCAGUGCUAUGCUGGGAGAAGAACGCUGUCACUUCGUAAAUGAAUCAGCGAUCAUCAUGGACAAGGUAAAAACAGAAGGCCAUCACUGGGACCCUCUUGUCUUUACCUGGUCUUCAUGCCCCUCGGCCUGGGCCAUGCUGGCUAUGAGCACUGCAACUCUGCCAAUGCAACAGAGAUAUGGCUCUCAUCUGUGA